AACGAAAACGAAAAGUCCACAAACUCAACUCACUCACCUGGUUCGACUGUGAGUGAACUCGGUCCGUGUAAUUUUUAUUUCGUGACUAUGAGUUGCUCAAAGUUUAAUUAUUGUAGGUAGAUAAGGUACGAGAAAUUAAAUAAGUUGGAUGAGUGAGGCUCCAGACUAAAAGGUGAAAGGUUCUUAACUUUCACAUCCUUCAGCCGAGUUUACUCAACAGUUUUUGAAAAGCCAUUGUUCGAUUGUUGAACUCAAACUAAGCUUGGAAAAUGAAGUGUAGAAUUGAUGGUGUCAAUUUGGCAUCGUGGAGUCGAAUAAUAACGGCAUUGGCAACGAUUGGAGAUGAAGAAGUUCAUUUUGCUUUCACCGAAAGAACGCUUACACUUACAGUUUUCAACGCUUCGUUAUCGGGGGCCGCAACUGCUAUUUUUUAUAACACGUUCUUCCAAAACUUCUGCGUACCUCGAGGAUGCAACAAAAUUUUUAAGCUUCCAGCGAAAUGUAUUGUGAAGCCUUUUAGGUCCUUGAAAUUCAUCAAGAGUUGUUUAUUUUGCGACAUUGUAUUUGAGGAUGGUAACGAUGUCAUUACUAUUACGAUGGGCUGUAAAACACUUGCAGAAAUUAGAUACACAAUCAAAUUGUUGGAUAACGAGGAUGAGUUGCGUACAGACUAUGACCCAGAUAAAUUAGCAAACUGGAUUCGCACCGAUCCAAAAUUCAUGAAUACUACUCUUAGCAAUUUCUCCCAUGGCAAGGGCCUCAUUGAUCUCACGUUAAAGGCGCUUAGAAACAAUAUUGUUUUGAAGAAUUGUGCUACAGAUUUGAUGAGGAAGGAGGGAAAGCUUUACACCGAACUAUCCGUCAGCUCACACGCGUUUGACAGAAUCUCGAUAAAUGUGGAGACUGAGGUGACUUUCCAGCUAAAGGAUUUCAAGACUUUUAUUGCACUCGCUGAGCAUAUGAAAUUGUCAAUGGCGAUUCAUUUUCAGGGUCAUCAGGAGCCGGUGAUCAUCAGCGUUAAAAAUGAACAACUCGAAGCAACAUUAUUACUGGCAGCUAAAUACAUUGAGCCAGCCGAUUUAAUAGACAAUGGUUCAUCCGGCUCCACCGGAUCGUCCUCAAACGCCAUCAGUAACGUCUCAUCUGUAGCUCCGCCACCAAACCCUAUACAUCAAAUGAGAAUACCUGUAGCUGCCCCCAUGGUUAACAACAGGACAGCCCAUCCACUACCACAUGAACGCAUGAGAAAUGCAGAACUGCAAAGUGAAGCGGCUGUCGAUAUUCCAAGUCUUGUCCCAGAUUUAGAUCAUACUCCGAAUCUUCCGAAUCUAUCGGCACCACAACCAGCAUUGCCACCACCUGCUAAGGAUUCUCGAUUGCCUGUUCGUACCAAAAAGAAAAAAUUCGUGGAGCAGGAUGAAGAAGACAUCGAAAAUGUCGUUCAGGUGGUAAAGCCUCCAUCUCGGAAAAGAAUGCGAGAUUUGUACGACAAAUUGAAUAAACCAUACGAUAUAUACCACCAGUUUCCGGGCCAUGAUAUCGUUCUAGUACCAGCGAGCAGUGAUGAAGACGAAGAUGAAACUUAAUGAGCAAAACUCAUCGACUACUACAUUCAGAUUAUAUAGUUCAGUCACAAAUCAUCAUCAUUCAUCUAAAUUAGGUGUUCAAUCUAAUCAUUAUUAGUACUUUAAACUCUUGUUCAAAAUAUAUUCAAAAUUUGAGAUUGUAUGUACCUACUAUUUGGGUAAAACUACUUUUAAGAAUACAACCUACAACAUACCUACUGUACCUGUGCUUAAUUCAUAAAAAUAUAUUUAUUUUAAAAAAGUCAGGAAUGCGUAAUAAUUAUUUCAAAAUUUUAACCCUUGUACUUAAUAAUAAUGUAAUGUUUUAAUGUAAAUAGAAUCGAAUAAAGCAAGUUAACGACCCACCGA